AUGGUGGCUGUUCUAGCAACAGCCGAUAUUAUGAUGAUUCAAAAGAAUUCCCAAAUCUUAGUGAAUGUUGAAGAAGCUUUAGAGGAUUUAUUAGUGGUCUCAUAUUCUAGUGAAAAUAAAAAGUUUCAGGGUGUACUUUUAGAUUCCAAUAAGGGCAGUUUACCAUUUGGUGUUUAUAGUCUCAAUCCAGCUUUUACAAAACUAGGUAAUAAAGAUGCUGGUUGCGAUGAAAAGCUACAUUCAGUUAGUCAAAGAUUUACUUACCAAGAACCUCAGUUCGUGGAUGAAGAGCACAAAAUUAAAAAGCAGGCUAGUAAAAGCAAGCCUCAACCACGUCAAAAAAUGACGGUGCGAUUACGACCUCGAAAAGUCCUGUGUUCAAAUUGCCAGGGUAUUUGCAAUGAGAACAAUGAAAAUGUAGACGUGUCGAAAAAACGUAAGUUAGAUUCUGACGACGAUACGCCUAAACAACCCUCUGAUUCAUCGAAAUUAGAUAAAAAAUACGCCAAUAUGAAGAGUAUGUUAAUUCCAAAACUGUCUAGAUUGCAACCAAGUGAAAUCUCAAAUGCUAUGAAGUCUACCAGGACCAGUAAUAAAAUUAGAAUUGCAGAAACUGAGUUAUGUGUGGAUAGUGAGCAAACACAAGAAGUUGCAUUUGUAAGCGUUUCUGAUAACAAUGACAAUACAUUGGACACUAAGAAUGGUGACUCAUCAUUUAGCAACCUAUUUUCUAAUGCAAGAACUCUUAAAAUAUGUUUUGGUGAAGGCGAAGGCACUGUUGUAAAAAUACCACCCCUCAACAGUGAUUUUAAUGAAGAUUCUGGUGUGUCAUGUGAUAUGGCAAGGACUUCUAAACCAGAUAUAAAGUCUGUUAAAAAAGCACUAAAAAAAGCCAAGAAGCAGGCUAAAAAAAGUGCAACUAAGACAGACACUUUAAAUGAUUCCUCACCAAAAUAUAUUGGUGCAUUAUCUCCAAGAAAUAAUCUAUCACAAGUCUCACCUUCAGACCCUUUAGAAAAGAAACAUAGGCAUAAAGUAAAACAUAAAAAGAAGAAUCGUGUAACACGUCAAAAAGAUGAAAACUCAUCAAAAAGUGACAAUGAUUACUUUAGUGAUAUUAAAGACAGUUGUUUAAAUCAAAAAGUUUCUAUGAAUUUGCGAAGAUUAAGUAGCAAUUCAUAUGAAUGUAAGGAUGAUGAAUCAGAUGAUUGUGAAAGUGAAACAGUUCCAGACUUUCCUGCUAAAUCGGAAAGUAUUGGAGGAAGGUUGGUGAGGGUUUCACCUGGUGAUAUUGUGUGGGGAAAGGUGAUUGGAUUCCCCUGGUGGCCUGGCAGGGUCCUCAGCCUUGCAUCUACUUCUAGGGCUCAUGUUGCAUGGUUUGCUUCAACUGCAUCAUCGCUCAUGCCCUGUGAUAGCUUGUGCCCAUUUUUAGAAGAUUAUAAGAUCUGCUUCAAUAAAAAGAAAAGGGGUCCAUACAAAGAGGCUGUGAAGCAGGCGACAAUGAAGGCUAAAGAGAAUGAAUCUCUUGAUCCACUUGCUAGCCCAAAUGCAUUAGCUGCUGUGUCACCACAACCUAUUGAUGUGUUCUCAUAA